GGCAGCACUGGUCACGUGAUGAAGGAGCUCGGCAAAGCAGCUAUAUGUACCGGCUGCUUGCUGCUUGCUGCCUGCUUCGCCCUCGAAGACUGAAGGAAGACAGCAGCAAUGUGCUCCAGCGUCCAGCCCACCGAGUGGACCAAUGACCUCAAAGAUCAGAAUUUUGAUGGCAUCGUCUUAGUCACCCAGAGCCAUGACACUCUGCCUGCUGAGCUGGAAUUCCUGAAAGCCCCACUGCAGGAUUACAGUUCUGUGGACAGCGGUUUGGGCGAUGAGGUGGUUCUGAUCAAGGUUCCCAGUCUUCCUGGUGACCGUUUGAUAUUUGCCUCCACCGGCCCUGUGAACCGCGACUAUGAUGAUGUCAGACGCUUCAGUGACGCAGCUGUCAAAGGCAUCAAACGGGCCUUGAAAGCUGGCAUGCAGCGCCCCCUGCUGGUUUGCCCUCCACACAAGGACUAUAAGAACAGCCCCUUGGUGGCUGCACUUGGUGCGCUUCAUGCUCUCUACAUGCCCCUUGAAGUGCGAGAGGCAAAUGACAAAACCUCGGACCACAAGGUGUGUGUCCUAGGGCUGUGGGCGGCCCAGGAGGCCGAAGGAAGGAGGCUGGUGGACCUGGCUAAUGCUCUGGAGAGCGGCAGAGUGGCAUACCGCGACAUCGGCGGCUCAGACCCUGAGCGCAUGGCAGCACCUCGUGUGGCUGAAUACGUUCAGGAGAUGUUUAAGAACAGUCCUGUGCAGGUGGAGGUGUUGAGCGACGUGAGGAUUCUGGAGAAGGAGUAUCCAUGUCUGGCUGCAGUGAACCGCUGCGCAAACUGUGUGCCUCGUCAUCAGGCCAGAGUAAUCAAACUACAGUACUCUGGAGCGGGACCGAUCCAGAAGACACUCAUGUUGGUUGGAAAGGGAAUUACCUAUGACACAGGAGGAGCAGACAUCAAGGCUGGAGGCUUCAUGGCUGGGAUGCACAGGGAUAAAUGUGGAGCAGCUGCUGUCGCUGGAUUCUUCCAGAUUUUGGCCCAUCUGAAGCCAGAGCAUCUGAAAGUGGUGGGUGCGAUGACCAUGGUGAGAAACAGCGUUGGUGCAGACUGCUAUGUGGCAGAUGAGCUGGUCGUCUCCCGAGCAGGUCGCAGAGUCCGGGUGGGAAACACGGAUGCUGAAGGCCGUAUGGUGAUGGUUGACCUGCUCUGUGAAAUGAAGGAGAAGGCGGCGCAGGAGGUUUCCCCGCAGCUCUUUACGAUUGCAACUCUGACUGGUCAUGCCAUCAGAGCCAUGGGACCAAACUACUCAAUCAUCAUGGACAACGGACCAGCCCAGCGUGGUGGGAACGCCGCUCAGUGGCAGAAAGCUGGAGAGGUGUUGGGAGAUGUGUUUGAGAUAUCCAGCAUCAGGCGGGAGGACUACGAGUUCCACAAAGGACCAUCCGAGUACGAAGACAUCCUGCAGUGCAACAAUCUUCCAUCCUCAGCGACUCCCCGAGGACAUCAGACCCCUGCAGCUUUCCUCAUCAUGACCUCAGGCCUUGACAAGCAUGGAGUGGAUUCAGAUGCACCUCUGCCCUACUCCCAUAUCGACAUCGCUGGCUCGAGUGGUCCUUUCCCCGGAGUCCCAACUGGAGCACCCAUUGUCGCCAUGGCAACCAACUACAUCCUUCAAAAUAGUCUUUAAAAGUACUAAAAUGUGUUGCGUUUCUGCUCUUUCUCCUUAUCUAGUUUUAUUUCUUAAAAGCUCAGGUUCAUUUUUCUGCGACUGCUUAAUCUUCUUCCUGUUUUAAUAGUUGGUGGAAGAAUCAUAUAAGGUGGCCUGAGCAGGAAAUCUCUGCUUCUAUGCAGUCAUCGAUGAGGCUGUAAAGAAACAAAGUUCUGCUCAUUAUUCAAUAAAAAAAGGGUUUUUGGUCAUGGUGA